AACAGAGAAAAAAGAUGCAUUUCGGAGGUUUCCGCUCCUGAUCAGGCACAUUCCUCCGCAUUUCGCAUAGCCAGCGCUUCUCUCCGGGCUUCCGUUUUCCUUUUUCGGGGCUCCCAUCCUCCCCCCGCCCCGGCCGGUUUCGUCGCCCACCUGGAUCGCGCCCGCCUCGCUCAGUACGAGCCGAGCCGAGCCGCCACCGCGGAGAAAAGGGACCGGGCUGCGCUGUGCGGGUUGGCGCUCCACGCGAUGCGUCUGUUUCUGCUGGCGGUGCUCCUCUCGUGCUCCUGCGCGCGGGCCGGCUGCGAGCCCAAGAUCGUGAACAUCGGGGCCGUCCUGAGCCAGAAGAGGUACGAGCAGGUGUUCAAGGAUGCCGUGAACCAGGCCAACCAGGUGUACGGCCGGGACAAGUUCAAGCUGAACGCCAUUUCCGUCACGCACAAGGCCAACGCGAUCCAGAUGGCUCUGUCGGUGUGCGAGGACCUGAUCCACAGCCAGGUUUACGCCAUCCUGGUGAGUCACCCUCCUCAGUCCAGCGACCAUCUCACCCCGACGCCCGUCUCCUACACCGCCGGCUUCUACCGCAUCCCGGUGGUGGGGCUCACCACGCGCAUGUCCAUCUACUCCGACAAAAGCAUCCACCUGUCCUUCCUGCGGACGGUCCCGCCGUACUCCCACCAAGCUCACGUUUGGUUCGACCUGAUGCGCGAGUUCAACUGGAACCACAUCAUCCUGAUCGUCAGCGACGACCACGAGGGCCGGGCGGCUCAGAAGAGGCUGGAGACGCUGCUGGAGGAGCGAGAGACGAAGAAUAAAAAAAGGAACUAUGAAAACCUCGACCAACUGUCCUAUGACAACAAGCGAGGACCUAAGGCAGAGAAAGUCCUACAGUUCAGUCAGGAGACAAACUUAACCGCGCUGCUGCUGGAGGCUAAAGAGCUGGAGGCCCGAGUCGUCAUCCUGUCCGCCAGCGAGGACGAUGCUGCCGCCGUGUACAAGGCGGCCCGCUUCCUCAACAUGACCGGCUCGGGCUACGUGUGGCUGGUGGGGGAGCGGGAGAUGUCCGGUAAAGCUCUGAGCGAGGCGCCUGAUGGACUGAUCGCCCUCCAGCUCAUCAAUGGGAAGAACGAAUCGGCCCACAUCACCGACGCCGUGGCGGUGGUGGCCCAGUCCAUCCAGGAGCUGUUUGAGAAGGAGAACAUCACAGAACCACCGAAAGGCUGCGUGGGCAACACCAACAUCUGGAAGACGGGGCCUCUUUUUAAGCGAGUGCUGAUGUCGUCCAAAUAUCCGGAGGGUCUGACUGGACGCGUCGAGUUCAACGACGACGGAGACAGGAAAUACGCCCACUACACCAUCCUCAACUACCAGAAGUCUCGCAUGGUUCAAGUCGGCAUUUACAACGGCACACAGGUGGUGAUGAACAAUCAGCGCAAGAUCAUCUGGCCUGGAGGGGAGACGGAGAAACCGCAGGGCUUCCAGAUGUCGACCCGAUUAAAGAUUGUGACGAUUCACCAGGAGCCGUUUGUGUAUGUGAAACCGACGAUGCAAGACGGGACCUGCAACGAGGAAAAGGCAUUAAAUGGAGUGAUUAUAAAGAAGGUUAUCUGUACCGGGCCCAACGAGACCAUCCCAGGGCGUCCCAUCGUGCCGCAGUGCUGCUACGGCUUCUGUGUCGACCUGCUGAUCAAACUGGCCAUGACCAUGAACUUCACCUACGAGGUCCACCUGGUGGCUGACGGGAAGUUUGGAACCCAAGAGCGGGUGAACAACAGCAACAAGAAGGAGUGGAACGGCAUGAUGGGAGAGCUGCUGGGUGGGCUGGCUGACAUGAUUGUGGCCCCGCUGACCAUAAACAACGAGCGUGCCCAGUACAUAGAGUUCUCUAAACCCUUUAAAUAUCAAGGCCUCACUAUUCUAGUCAAAAAGGAAAUUCCUCGAAGUACGCUGGACUCAUUUAUGCAGCCGUUCCAGAGUACGCUGUGGCUGCUGGUGGGUCUUUCGGUGCAUGUGGUGGCGGUGAUGCUUUACCUUCUAGACCGGUUCAGUCCAUUUGGAAGAUUUAAAGUAAACAGUGAGGAAGAAGAAGAAGAUGCCCUCACCUUGUCAUCUGCCAUGUGGUUCUCCUGGGGAGUGUUGCUGAACUCUGGAAUUGGAGAAGGUGCACCGCGCAGCUUUUCAGCGAGAAUCCUUGGCAUGGUGUGGGCUGGUUUUGCUAUGAUCAUUGUGGCUUCUUACACUGCCAACCUGGCUGCCUUCCUGGUGCUGGACCGGCCUGAGGAGCGCAUCACCGGCAUCAAUGACCCAAGGCUGAGAAACCCAUCUGAUAAAUUCAUCUACGCCACGGUGAAGCAAAGCUCCGUGGACAUCUACUUCCGACGACAGGUGGAGCUUAGCACUAUGUACCGCCACAUGGAGAAACACAACUAUGAGAGUGCUGCAGAGGCUAUCCAGGCCGUGCGUGACAACAAGCUGCAUGCUUUCAUCUGGGACUCUGCGGUGCUGGAGUUUGAAGCCUCGCAGAAGUGCGACCUGGUGACCACGGGAGAGCUGUUUUUCCGUUCGGGCUUUGGCAUAGGCAUGCGCAAGGACAGCCCCUGGAAACAGAAUGUGUCCCUGGCCAUUCUCAGUUCUCAUGAGAACGGCUUCAUGGAAGACCUAGAUAAAACCUGGGUGAGAUACCAGGAGUGUGACUCACGGAGCAAUGCCCCAGCCACACUCACCUUUGAGAACAUGGCAGGAGUCUUCAUGCUGGUGGCCGGAGGCAUUGCGGCGGGGAUCUUCCUCAUCUUCAUCGAAAUCGCCUACAAACGCCAUAAAGACGCCCGCAGGAAGCAGAUGCAGCUGGCCUUUGCGGCCGUCAACGUCUGGAGGAAGAACCUGCAGGACAGUAAGGAAGCCUCUGGAAGUCAAGCGGUGACUGGGACUCCCUCGUUACCCUCUUCCUCUGUAGAGACUCAGGAUGAUAGGAAAAGUGGUAGAGCAGAGCCCGACCCCAAAAAGAAAGCCUCUUUUAGGUCCAUCAGUACCACCCUGGCUUCCAGCAUCAAGAGACGUAGGUCCUCCAAAGACACGCAGUUCCCACCCACUGACGCCACGGGCCAGCUCAACCUGUCUGACCCGUCCGUCAGCACCGUGGUGUAGAAACAAAACACAAAAACAGAGAGAGGGAGAGAAAGAAAGAAAGAAAAGAAAAGAAAAGAGAGCGACGCUGAGGCCGUUCACGAAGCAGACGAGUCAGAAGAAGAAGAAGGAAAAGACUCCAUGUUUCCUUGAAAACCUGGAGAAGAAGAAACGACUCUGAUGAACUUUGCACCUUUUUUAAAAACAAAACCAGUAAAACCAGGAUUCUCUACCUGGUCUUAGAUGUUUUUAGGAUUGCUAAGCAUGCACAGAAGAACCCAUCUUACCCACAUAUACAAUCUUUUCCUUCUGUAUGUUAUUACCUUAGCCUUGUUUUGUCCUUUUACUAGCAUAAACUUAAUGUUCGGUGUUUGAUUUUUAUCGAUUUCCUGCGUAGCUUUUAGACAAACGGUUCAUUUUAGGGAUGAAAAUCUGUUUUCGGUGACGAUGUUUCUCUUCCAGUUGAGGCUAAAACAGAGCAGAAGAAUCGACUUGUGCUGCAAUACGAAAAGAGCUAGAGAUGAAUUAUUUUUAAUAGGAAUUAUAUCUGAGUUUUUAUCGACACUUUAAACGUUUUUAGACAUUUUAUUGGGAAUAAUGGCACUUAGAAAGGAGCUUCUCGUGUCUUCUGGUGAAAAUGAAAGCAUGCGUGUGCUUGUAUAUGAAAACGUAGAAGCUUUAUGUAUUUGAAUGAUGACAAUGAUUAAUGCAAUUUCUAGGAAACGUUUAUUUGCACUUACAUGCCCAAGGCAGCUUUUUUAAAUGUUAGCAAAAGCUUUGACUACUUAGUUUUCCAUUUCUUAAAAAAAGGAGACGAUAAAAUGGAUUUGAAAAUGUUUUUUAUUCUCUCUUCCUCUCUCCUGCAGCCUCAGUCUUUCUCGCCUCCAGCUCUUGGAAGGGGUUGCAUCAAAGGGCCGCGUUCCCCAGCCAACCAGCACUCGGCCUUUCGUGCAAAACCGAGUGUGGCGAACUUUUGCACGAAACGACCAGAGUGAGUCGAAAGCUGCAGCCGCGUCUCGGUUAGCUGGGGAAACGGGCCGUUUCCCGUUUACUGGGGGUGAGAAACACCCGCUGCCUCCAAGCUGGAGCCGUCCGGCGCCGCUGUGCACUUUAUCCUGAUUGGUCUCCUUAAUUUAGCUGAAUCACCAAGGAACUGCAGCUCAAAACUACCCAGAAUGCAUUUUACUUUCCAACAGAACCAAGCUGCUUGUAAAGCCUCUGCAUGCUUCUGUAUUGAUAACACAACAUAGUGCUUUUGUUUGUUUCUGCAUAUUUGCCAUGUACAGUAAACUGAGCUGUGAGGAAACUUAAACUGAACGACGUGUAAAUAUGUGGGACGUUGAGCUGCAGCUGGAAACCCGGAGAACUUUUGAGACUCAGAAACGCGUCCAGACGCGCAGCAGGAAACCCCGACGGCGACGUUCCUGUUUUGUUCCUACAUUCUGCAGCUUUAAACCUUCACGUUUCUACUGCUGUAAAUAAAGACAUCCACAA